AUGCCGGAAGCACCUCUCACGUUGCCGGUCCUGAUCCGGACCAUACGGAGUGCACGGACCCAGGCGGAGGAGCGGGAGCUGGUCCAACGAGAAAGCGCCAAGAUUCGGGGGGCCUUUCGGGGAGACGAGGCCGACACCCGUGCCUCCAACUUAGCCAAGUUGCUCUACAUCCACAUUUUGGGCUAUCCUGCUCAUUUUGGACAGGUAUACACCCGCACUGCAUGUGAGGAACUGUAGUUUGUUAAGGGAGCUGGGGAUUGUAGCUCUGUGAGGGGUAAACUACAGUUCCCAUGAUUCUAUGGGGGGGGGACCUUGGCUGUUAAAAGUGCCCUAAAAGUGUCCUAAGCAUGUUUUAUUUAUUUGAUAGAGCGAUGGGGUGAGCUCCCAUUGCUCAGUCCCUGCUCCUGCCAACCUAGCAGUUCGAAAGCACGUCAAAGUGCAAGUAGAUAAAUAGGUACCGCUCCGGUGGGAAGGUAAACGCCGUUUCCGUGCACUGCUCUGGUUCGCCAGAAGCGGCUUAGUCAUGCUGGCCACAUGACCCGGAAGCUGUACGCCGGCUCCCUCGGCCAAUAAAGCGAGAUGAGCGCCGCAACCAUAGAGUCGGCCACAACUGGACCUAAUGGUCAGAGGCCCCUUUACCUUUUUAUACAGCGCUUGAUGUACAAAGUUCCACCCCCCUGCCCCCCAACUUAUCUUCCUCACAUCCUCGCAACAACCGUGUGAGGUAGUUUUAGUAUAACAGAUAAUAAUAAUAAUAAUAAUAAUAAUAAUUUUAUUAUUUAUACCCCACCCAUCUGCUUGGGUUUUCCCAGCCACUCUGGUUGGCUUUCAACAUAAUAUUAAAAUACAAAACCUAUUAAACAUUAAAAGCUUCCCUAAACAGGGCUGCCUUCAGAUGUCUUCUAAAAGCCUGGUAGUUGUUUUUCUCUUUGACAUCUGGUGGGAGGGCGUUCCACACGACGGGUGCCACUACCGAGAAGGCCACUACCGAGAUGGUCAGUCAGUGAGCUUAAUGGCUGAGUGAGGAUUCGAACCCAGGUUCCAUUUAGCUUCUUUAGCUAAUGUGCUUAUAGCGACUUUAUAUGCAACUACCCCUCAAAAACCCCUCUGCUGAUAUUCCCAAAUGCCGAUCCCCACUGAACAGCAACCCUUAAAGGUCCCAGUGGGAUACACCCCCAACUAGAAUGUUCUGGGAUUUAGACUGGAGGUUUAAUCGAUCGAAGGUUGUAGUUCUGGCGUAAUCAAUAAUGGUGUGUUUCUUUCCUUAUUCUGUCUUGAACCCAGAUGGAGAGCUUGAAGCUAAUGGCCUCCCACCGUUUCCACGAAAAGCGAAUCGGCUACCUUGGCGCUGCCCUCCUAUUGGAUGAGAAGCAGGACACUCACCUUCUGCUGACCAAUAGUAUCAAGAAGUGAGGGGUGAAAUCGAAGGGUUUGGGGGGGCAGAAAGAGAGAGUGGGUGCCCCCACAGUGGACUAGGACAGAUUUGGGAACUGAAAGCUAUUAUUUAGGGCAGAAGUUUUCAGCCUUUUGGAAUCCACAGCCUCCUUGACCAACUACAUUCUUUCUGGUCCUCUCCCCUCUCUUUGGGGGUCCUCUGGGCAGCCGCUGCCGCUGCCCCUGCCCCAAAGACAGGUCCUCUUCUCUCUGCCCCACAGGGGGCCUGGGAAGAGGAUGCCCCCAGCCUUUGGAGCCUGGCCAAAGGUGAAUGUGAGGCCAGCAUCUUACUCAGUUUGGAAGGCAGUAGUGGCAGCAGUGGGCCCUGCCAGGCCUGCGUGGUGGAAAGGCUCUCCUUCAAGACUGGGCACUUGGCUCCCAGGCAGGCAUUGCAUACAGCAAGCACAAUAAAAGCCAGCAUGGUGCCUGCCUCCCUGCCCAGCUUCCCACCUGUCUGUCCCUUCCCAACAGCAAUGGCUGGCAGACUGGCCGGCUUGGCUCCUCGCCCGCUUGCUUGCUUACUUCAAGGCCGCCUCACCUCCUGGCUACCAGCACCCAAUGGCCAGCCCCAGGGGCAGCUUUCGCUUGUACUAGGGUUGCAACAAACAGCUGUGCCCGACUUUGAGAGUCAGAAAUGUGAGAGGACAUCAUAGGGGGGAGGGAAGGAAGGAAAGAGGGACAGAGGCCAGUGUUGCCUGCGGCACCCCUGACCACAAUUCAAGGCUCCUCAGGGUGCCAUGGCACAUAAUAAAGGUAAAGGGACCCCUGACCAUUAAGUCCAGUCGUGGCAAACUCUGGGGUUGCGGCGCUCAUCUCGCUUUAUUGGCCGAAGGAGCCAGUGUACAGCUUCCGGGUCAUGUGGCCAGCAUGACUAAGCCGCUUCUGGAGAACCAGAGCAGUGCACGGAAACACCGUUUACCUUCCUGCCGGAGCGGUACCUAUUUAUCUACUUGCACUUUGAUGUGCUUUCGAACUGCUAGGUUGGCAGGAGCUGGGACCAAGCAAAGGGAGCUCACCCUGUCACGGGGAUUCGAACCGCUGACCUUCUGAUCGGCAAGUCCUAGGCUCUGUGGUUUAACCCACAGCGCCACCCGCGUCCCUUAUGAUUAAGGGUUAUACUGGGAGGGGAAAGAAACCAAGGCUACAUUCACACCGUGCAUUUAAAGUGCUAUGAUACCAUUUCAAACAGUCACGGCUUUCCCCAAAGGAUCCUGGCAACUGUAGUUUUGUUGGGGGGGCAAGAGCUGUUUAGGAGACUCCUGUUCCCUUUCCAGAGGUAAGGUUCUCAGAGUGGUUUAACAUUCAGUCUGUCUUAAGGUUGCCAUUUUUCAAGAAGUAAAAUAUCUAGACACAAAGUUGUUGAACUUUUUUGUGGGAGGGGGGAAUCGCCCAAACCGUUGUGGAGCUUUUCGGGGGAAAUGAACCCCAAAGUUGUUGAUCUUUUGCCGAUUUUUCAUAAUUCCUCCAGGACUCUAAUUUCAUCAUUAGAAUCCCGGACAUGUCUGGGAAAUUCCAGACGAAUGGCAGCCCUAGUCUGUCUACUCUGGGAAUUUUAGCUCUGUGGGGAUAGGGGUUUCCUAACAACGCUCAGCAACCUUAGCAAACUACAGUUCCCAUAAUUCCAGGGGAAGGCUUUGUUACUAGACUGGUGACUGGUUAGUAGACUGGUGACUGGGGGCGGCUGCUGAGACCACAUAACACCGGUCUUGAAAGACCUGCACUGGCUCCCAGUAUGUUUCCGAGCACAAUUCAAAGUGUUGGUGCUGACCUUUAAAGCCCUAAACGGCCUCGGCCCAGUAUACCUGAAGGAGAGUCUCCACCCCCAUUUUUCUGCCCGGACACUGAGAUCCAGCUCCGAGUGCCUUCUGGCAGUUCCCUCCCUGCGAGAAGUGAGGUUACAGGGAACCAGGCAGAGGGCCUUCUUGGUAGUGGCGCCCGCCCUGUGGAACGCCCUCCCAUCAGAUGUCAAAGAGAACAACAACUACCAGACUUUUAGAAGACAUCUGAAGGCAGCACUGUUUAGGGAAACUUAAUGUUUAAUAGACGAUUGAAUUUUUAUAUUCUGUUGGAAGCUGCCAGAGUGGCUGGGGAAACCCAGCCAGAUGGGCGGGGUACAAAUAAUAAAUUGUUGUUGUAGUUGUUGUUGUUUGAAGUGCUGUCCUAGCACCUUAAAUGUACAGGUAUCAACCUGGUAUUUGGGAGUGUGAGCAAUUCAGGUGUGCUUCCAUUGAAGAUCCUGGGAAUCUAUUUGGAAGAUUGGAGGAUUUAUAAGGAGGCGAAGGGAGCUGCACUAUGGGCUCUGAAGGAACGGAGGCUGAGAUUCAGAAUCACAGAACUGUGGAGCUGGAAGGGACCCCAGGGGCCAUCUAGUCCAACCCCCCGCAAUGCAGGAGUCACAGCUAAGGAAUCCCUGGCAGAUGGCCACCCAAACUCUGCUGAAAAAGCUCCAAGGAAGGAGAGUCUGCCGCCUUCUGUCUGUUCCACUCAAAACAACUCUUGAGGCUUGGGAAAAGACAGGUCAAGGGAAGUGGAUCGCUGGGGGUUCCUUGAAAUGCAAUGUUGGGGUAUCAGCCAGAAUACGUCAGCUUAAAAGUCUUUCAAAACACCAGCCUUUCCUGCUGGUUAAAGAUGGCGGCCAUCGAUAGGUCUUGAGGGUUGAACGUGGGGAAUGAGUAGUGUUAUGUACUGAGUUGAAUAGGAUCCAAACUGCAGCAGUCUGAUUGGUCCUAGAACAAUAGGAUCCAAAAUGCAGCAGUAUGAUUGGUUGGCAGGAACCACCCAAUCAUGCUCCAGAUAUAAGUGAAUCCACAACCUGAUUGGCUUACAGUAGAAUUCCAGAAUUAGCCAAUCAUGUGCAGCCUAUUGUGUAAAUAAUGUAUAUAAAGCAGAUACUUUGAGGGGACAUUCAUUCAUUCCUCCUCAUCACUAUGAGCUGAAUGAAGAGCAUGAAAUCACUUUGCGACUUUGAGUAUAUUUCAAGUAGGAAGGAAUAUACGGGAGAUGGGAUUUGUGUGCCUGAGGGAAGCUGUUCGGGCAGGGGAUGUGAAUAUUUGAAAAACUGUUGCAUCUUCCAUUCACCUCACUUUCUUUUGCUCCCCGUAGCGACCUCCUGCACCCCACUGCCUGGGUGCAAGGCUUAGCUCUGAGCACCCUAGGCUCCCUGGGCUCGGUGGCCAUGUUCCGAGAUUUGGCUGGUGAAGUGGAGCAGCUUGCCAGGGUUGGCCAGCCCUCCGUGCGAAGGAAGGUGAGACCCCACAGCUGGGAUUUUUUCUUUAAAAAGCUGAGAUUCCAAAGUUAAUAAUAAUAAUUUAUUUAUACCCCGCCCAUCUGGCUGGGUUUCUCCAGCCACUCUAGGCAGCUUCCAACAGAAUAUUAAAAUACAAUAGUAUAUUAAACAUUAAAAGCUUCCCUAACCAGGGCUGCCUUCAGAUGUCUUCUAAAAGUCUGGUAGUUGUUUUUAUCUUUGACAUCUGGUGGGAGGGUGUUCCACAGGGUGGGUGUCACUACUGAGAAGGCCCUCUGCCUGGUUCCCUGUAGCUUUGCUUCUCGCAAUGAGGGAACCGCCAGAAGGCCCUUGGCGCUGGACCUCAGCGUCCGGGCAGAACGAUGGGGGUGGAGAUGCUCCUUCAGGUAUACUGGGCCGAGGCCGUUUAGGGCUUUAAAGGUCAACACCAGCACUUUGAAUUGUGCUCGGAAAUGUACUGGGAGCCAGUGUAGGUCUUUCAAGACCGGUGUUAUGUGGUCUCGGUGGCCGCCCCCAGUCACCAGUCUGGCUGCCGCAUUCUGAAUUAGUUGUAGUUUCCGAGUCACCUUCAAAGGUAGCCCCACGUAGAGCGCUUUGCAGUAGUCCAAGCGAGAGAUAACUAGAGCAUGCACCACUCUGGCGAGGCAGUCUGCGGGCAGGGAGGGUCUCAGCCUGCAAGGCAGUUCUGUGGGACACAUGGGGCCCCCACCCCAUAAUCCUUUGCUCUCUGCCCCCGCUUCUAGGCCGUGGUCUGUGCUGUACACGUUGUCCGGAAGGUGCCCGAUCUUAUAGACGUGUUCACUCGACUCGGUGAACAGCUCUUGACUGAACAAAAUACCGGUAAGUGCCUUUGUUCCUUCGGCUGGGGCUACUGUGAGUCCUGCUCUCCCUCCCCAUCAUGGCAAGGGAGGAGACCAUUCCGGCCCAUUGGCCGGAAAAGAAGCUGCUGGGAGCCUUUCAGAAAGGGCUCUGGUAAGAACUUUGCAGCUAGUGCCUGAGUUUGCUUUUCUCCUUCUCCCUCCCAACCCCUUUUCCUUUUGUGUCGUGCCUCUUAUAAGUCAGAGGGCAGGGAGCGUUUUAUUACUGGACACUGUGUAAGCCAUUCCGGAGGGCCUUUUCCUUUCUUUCUUUUGCUGACGAAGAGUUUAGGGCUGGGGGAGAAAGCUACAAAUAAAUAAAUAAGUCCCCGCUCGUGCGUGCUUGGAUAUCCCUUGGUUGCUCAGAACGCUUGAGCCGACCGCUCCGUUGCAGAAGAGAAGGACUGAGGCGAAGUGGGAUGGCGGGGGGUGGGGGAUUCUCUUCAGGGUUGUUUGAUAGUGGCGCCCGCCCUGUGGAACGCCCUCCCACCAGAUGUCAAAGAGAACAACAACUACCAGACUUUUAGAAGACAUCUGAAGGCAGCCCUGUUUAGGGAAGCUGUUAAUGUUUGAUGUAUUACUGUGUUUUAAUACAGUGGUGCCUCGCAAGACGAAAUUAAUCCGUUCCGCGAGUAUCUUCGUCUAGCGGUUUUUUCGUCUUGCGAAGCAACCCUAUUAGCAGCUUAGCGGAUUAGCGCUAUUAGCGGUUUAGCGGCUAUUAAAGGCUUAGCGGCUUAGCUGCUAAAAGGCUAUUAAAGGCUUAGCGGCUUAGAAAAAGGAGGGGGAAAGCGAAAAAAAAUCUCAAGACUCGCAAGACAUUUUCCUCUUGCGAAGCAAGCCCAUGGGAAAUUCGUCCUGUGAAGUGCAUUGAAAAACGGAAAACCCUUUCGUCUAGCGGGUUUUCCGUCUUGCGGGACACCACUGUAUUUUGUUGGAAGCCACCCAGAGUGGCUGGGGAAGCCCAACCAGAUGGGUGGGGUAUAAAUAAUAUUUAUUAUUAUUAUUAUUAUUAUUAUUAUUAUUAUUAUGAAGCUUGAGAGGAGAAUUCAGGCGGGUAUUCCACUAAGUUUUGCUCACGGUGAACCUGCCGAAAUUGAUCAAUAUAAGUCAGGUCCGUCAAUUUCAGUAGGGCUACUCUUUGCAUGAUUUGGAUGAGUACCCGCCCCCCCUUAGGAAGGUAAGACGAGGAGGCCUGGGGGGAGUUAUUUUUCCAGAGAAGCGGAUCUGAAGGAACGAUUUGAAGGAGAUCUCAAGAAAACACCGCUCUCCUGUCACAUCUUGGCGGUGCAGAGAAGCCGGGAUAUGGGGAGCCUUGGUGGGCCUGGGAUUUGGGAAGGUAGGGGACAGGGCUUAGGAAGUCGGGGCAGGAUCCGCACCUGGCCUACCUGUCUCUCUCUCCCCAGGCAUCCUCCACGGGGCUGUCAUGCUGAUCUCAGAGAUGUGUGAGCAGAGCCCGCAAGCCCUGGACCGCUUUUGCAAGGUGGGGCAUCUCUGUGCUUGGCAACUCUCCCAGCAUCCUUUGCAGUUAACGUGCAAGGACUACGUGCCUUGUAGGGGAGGGCAAGCUGCUGCUCAAGGAGCCUGUGCCUUGCAUGCAUUGAGUCCCGGGUUCAAGACCCGCAUGGCAGGACUGGUUUGGCGUCCACCAGGAAAUUGGGAUGGGCCGCGGCAGACCAGAACAUGCAACAAACCCAGGAAGGAUCUGGCCCUUGAGAUUCUCCUCAGGACACGCCCCUCCCCAGCCACACCCCUUCACCCUCAGGACACGCCCCUCCCCAGCCACACCCCUUCACCCUCAGGACACGCCCCUCCCCAGCCACACCCCUUCACCCUCAGGACACGCCCCUCCCCAACCGCACCCCUUCACCCUCAGGACACGCCCCUCCCAGGCCACACCCCUUCACCCUCAGGACACACCCCUCCCAAGCCACACCCCUUCACCCUCAGGACACACCCCUCCCCAGCCACACCCCUUCACCCUCAGGACACGCCCUCCCAAGCCACACCCCUUCACCCUCAGGACACGCCCCUCCCCAGCCACACCCCUUCACCCUCAGGACACGCCCCUCCCCAGCCACACCCCUUCACCCUCAGGACACGCCCCUCCCAAGCCGCACCCCUUCACCCUCAGGACACGCCCCUCCCAAGCCGCACCCCUUCACCCUCAGGACACGCCCCUCCCAAGCCACACCCCUUCACCCUCGGGACACGCCCUCCCAAGCCACACCCCUUCACCCUCGGGACACGCCCCUCCCCAGCCACACCCCUUCACCCUCAGGACACGCCCCUCCCCAACCGCACCCCUUCACCCUCAGGACACGCCCCUCCCCAACCGCACCCCUUCACCCUCAGGACACGCCCCUCCCCAACCGCACCCCUUCACCCUCAGGACACGCCCCUCCCCAGCCACACCCCUUCACCCUCAGGACACGCCCCUCCCCAGCCACACCCCUUCACCCUCAGGACACGCCCCUCCCCAGCCACACCCCUUCACCCUCAGGACACGCCCCUCCCCAGCCACACCCCUUCACCCUCAGGACACGCCCCUCCCCAGCCACACCCCUUCACCCUCAGGACACGCCCUCCCAAGCCACACCCCUUCACCCUCAGGACACGCCCCUCCCCAGCCACACCCCUUCACCCUCAGGACACGCCCCUCCCCAGCCACACCCCUUCACCCUCAGGACACGCCCUCCCAAGCCACACCCCUUCACCCUCAGGACACGCCCCUCCCCAGCCACACCCCUUCACCCUCAGGACACGCCCCUCCCCAGCCACACCCCUUCACCCUCAGGACACGCCCCUCCCCAACCGCACCCCUUCACCCUCAGGACACGCCCCUUCCCAGCCUUGCUUGGCCCCCCUCUCCCGUGUUUCUGGCUGGAGCAUAUCCUGGAAAUUUUGAGGAUGACUCUCGCUCGCCUGGACGGGAGAUAGGGAAGGGGGGGUGUGGAAGCCAGCCUACUGCAGAAAGGUAAAAAUUGCAGGUGUUGCUUUUGGCUCCGCUCAUCAGUGGCAUGCGGCCUGAAAUAUUCUCGGAGUCGAGAGUGGAUUUCAUGCUCUUUAUUCAGCUCAUAGUGGUGAGGAGGAAUAAUUGUUCCCCCAAAAUAUCUGCUUUAUAUACAUUAUUUACACAAUGGGCUGCAUGUGAUUGGCUAAUUCCGGGAUUCUCCUGUAGGCCAAUCAGGUUGUGGAUUCACUUCCCUGGAGCUGGAUUGGGUGGCUCCUGCGGACCAAUCAGACUGCUGCAUUGUUCUAGGACCAAUCAGACUGCUGCAUUUUGGAUCCUAUUCAACUCAGUACAUAACAGUUGCCAAUGAGGGAAUGUGGCACUCAGAGUAAAAAAUAUUCCCCAGAAAAAACUGUUCAUGUAUGUGGCGACAGCUGUGCAGAUGUCGCUAGCCCAGAAAGAAGACCAAGUCCCUACCAGGGAAGAAUGGCAGAUCAAGUUGACGGACUCUGCCAAAAUGGCAAAAAUGACCUGAAAGAUCAGAAAACAGGAAGACCAAAAUUUUAAUAAGGAAUGGGGGAAAUUUAUAAUUUACCUUGGAGACCACUUAAAACAAUUAAAAUCGUUAGCGGGAUUGCAAUAACAGUUGUAAUGUGAUGAGAACCAUGGAUACAUGGAGGGCGGUGGGAAAUAAUUUGGAUUACAGUGGUGCCCCGCAAGACGAAUGCCUCGCAAGACGGAAAACCCGCUAGACGAAAGGGUUUUCCGUUUUUGAGUUGCUUCGCAGGACGAAUUCCCCUAUGGGCUUGCUUCGCAAGACGAAAAUGUCUUGCGAGUCUAGAGAUUUUUUUUUUCGCUUUUCCCCCCCUUUAUCUAAUCUGCUAAGCCUUUAAUAGCCUUUAAUAGCCUUUUAGCAGCUAAUCCGCUAAGCCUUUAAGCCUUUAAUAGCCGCUAAACCGCUAAUAGCGCUAAUCCGUUAAGCCGCUAAUAGGGUUGCUUCGCAAGAGGAAAAAACCGCUAGACGAAGACUCUCGCGGAACGGAUUAAUUUCGUCUUGCGAGGCACCACUGUAUUAUAAAAGAUGCAGUAGAAAAGGCUUAACAACGGAACCCAAGGAGGGGAAUGAGGGAAGUCCAAAGAUUUGUGGGAAUCUUGUAUUUUCGGAAGGUGUGACUGUAAAUUUUAAUAUGUAAAAUCAAAUAAAUAAAUUGGGAGGGGCAUAAUGUUCCACAACCCCCACAAAAAAACAGGAUGCCCUGCUAAACCACCUUACAUGGGAGCAAAGCCCAUUGAAGUCCACAGGUCUUACAUGUAUAAUAGGGCGGGGAUGUCAGGAGGAAUGAAAAACUAGAAGUUGCCUUGGUUUUGGAACUGCCCCAUUUUGAGAUCAAAAGUGCUUUCUGGAUUGGAGGAGAAAUUAUCUGGCGCCAGACGAAGGGGCUUUGGGAUUCUUGCGAGAGGGCAUUGGGAGGAACAAGAGGCAGGCCUCUGGAGGAUGGAUACUUUGUGAGGGAUUUUCUUCUAAUCCUGCUUUUCUGUUCUCUUGUUUCCCUCCAGUUUGUGCCUCAGUUAGUGGGGCUGCUCCGUAACCUGGUGGUUGCCGGCUACUCUCCAGAACACAGCAUUUCGGGAAUCAGCAACCCUUUCCUGCAGGUAAAAGGAUCUCGUCGCCUCCAACCUCCCCUCUUCCCCUGAGCUUCUGUCUCGCCUUUCUUUCCGCAAUUCAAGAGAACCUGGAGUGCAUUUCAGAAUGGCUUCCCGCAGAGAGUUUCAAGGGCACAAACACUGAGCAAUUAAAAAAAAACACAGGUAUAAAAACAAUUUCAAAUCCAAUUUACAGGUACAGGCUGGGACCUUUUUUAUCAUUUUAACUCCACUUAAAAGUUGGUUGGAAAAGGAAGGUCUUCGGCAAAGGAGCAGGGAAACAGCUAGCAAUCCCAGAAGCCUUUGCAACUGCAAUCCCGUCAGCCUUUGCACUGACCUCGGAGGUCUGUUGGGUUUUCAGAAAGGAGGUUUGGAGGGAGCAAUUGUGGUGGGUUUAUGGCAGAGGUUUACAGGCUUUUUAGUUGCCAUGAGAGAUUUUACUUUCUUGGGCUCCAUGAUCGCUGCAGAUGGUGACAGCAGUCACGAAAUUAAAAGACGCCUGCUUCUUGGGAGAAAAGCAAUGACAAACCUACACAGCAUCUUAAAAAGCAGAGACAUCACCUUGCCAACAAAGGUCCGUAUAGUAAAAGCUAUGGUUUUCCCAGUAGUGAUUUAUGGAAGUGAGAGCUGGACCAUAAAGAAGGCUGAUCGCCGAAGAAUGGAUGCUUUUGAAUUAUGGUGCUGGAGGAGACUCUUGAGAGUCCCAUGGGCUGCAAGAAGAUCAAACCUCUCCAUUCUUAAGGAAAUCAGCCCUGAGUUCUCACUGGAAGGACAGAUCCUGAAGCUGAGGCUCCAGGACUUUGGCCUCCUCAUGAGAAGAGAAGACUCCCUGGAAAAGACCCUGAUGUUGGGAAAGAUGGAGGCAACAAGGAGAAGGGGACGACAGAGGACGAGAUGGUGGGACAGUGUUCUCGAAGCUGCUAAAAUGAGUUUGACCAAACUGCAGGAGGCAGUGGAAGACAGGAGUGCCUGGCGUGCUCUGGUCCAGGGGGUCACGAAGAGUCGGACACAACUAAACAACAGCAACAGUUGCCGUUUCACAUAUACACGUGGUACGCAGGAAUGUAAACCCCCUCCUGUAAGUGGGGAGACGUCUGUAUUAGCCCGGACACCCCCGAUCUCGACUGAUCUUGGAAGCUAAGCACGGUCAGACCUGGUGAAUCCUUGGAGGGAGACCACCUGGGAAUACUAGGCGCUGUAGCCUUGAGCCAGUGUGAAUUUGUGGUUCAGAUGCUGGGAGACCAGAGUUCAAAUCGUAACUCACCUUGCCAGGUGACCUUGACCCAUCACAGCGCCUCAGCCUAGCCUACCUCACAGGGUGGUUAGAAUGUGGCUGGGCUUAGAAGGGUGGCGAGUUUGGCUGCUUAGCAACUGAGCUGAGGGAGAGAGUGGGGCUAUCCUUCUCUUUGCCUCCUUUUAAAGUCACCUCCUCUUCUUAAUAAUAAUAAAUAAUAAUAAUAAUAAUUUAUUACACUGGGCAACAAUUUUUUACUUUUUGAAUGUUGUCUAGAUUUCUACAACUGAUUUAGGGUAUUUUUGCACUGCUGAAUCAGGAAAUGGCAUCCGUUUCUCUCCAUCAGGUCAGGUUUACUGUAAACUGAAUGGUGGGCAUUGAUAAAGGUAAGUACAUGUAAAUUGCAUGUUGCUUCACCAUUUUUCAAACUUCAGGGCUUGAACUUCCGUUUCUUGGAACUCCUGGAAUACUCAGCGGCAGGGAGGUCUCUCUUCAGAGUCCAACAGUAGUCAGCCAUCAUGACUGCGUCCCAGCAACCCUGAUACCUGGUCUCCAUCUCUUUCUUGUCCUGAUGGAAUCUCUCCCCCUGCUUGUCACUCAUUGAACCCAGGUUCUCAGGAAACCGGUCCAUAUGUGAAAAUAGGUAGUGCAUCUUGACGCUCAUGUUGCAGCCCAGGUUUCUGAAAGCAGUCAGCAUGUUGUUGACAAGUUCUGCGUAGUUUCUGGCCUUAUUGUUGCCAAGAAAGUUCUUCACUACCAGAACAAAUGCCUUCCACGCUUCCAGUUCCACUUCGUUCAUUGAGUUUCCGAACUCUGGAUCUCUGAUGAGCUGAUGGAUCUGAGGACCGUCAAAGAUGCCAGCUUUCAACUUCUCCAUGGUCAAUCCUGGAAAAGCCUGGCACAAGUAAGUGAAGCAGUCACCAUCCUUGUCCAGAGCCUUGGUGAACUGCUUGAUUAAGCCGAGCUUGAUGUGCAGCGGUGGGAAGAGUAUUCUGUCUCUGUCCACCAGAGGGUCGUUGAUGAUGUUCCUUUCUUUGCAAGGCACCAAUUCCUCCCGCACAGGCCAGUCCUUCUUCGUGUAAUGCUGAGCACGGUCCCUACUAUCCCACAUGCACAGAAAACAUGGGUACUUGGUGAAGCCAGACUGUUGUCCCAACAAAACGUUCACCAUCUUCAGGUCAACACAAAUAAACCACUUAUGCUGAUCAUAACCAAUUUUCUCCAGCACAUACCACUGUUUCAUAGUUCUCCUUCAGUGUAGUCGAGUGAGCCAGGGGUAUAGAGGCAAACUGGUUGCCGUUGUGUAGCAGAACACAUUUCAGUGAGCACUUGCUGCUGUCAAUGAACAGUCUCCAAUCUUUGGGUUCGUACUGUGGCACUCCAAGCUUGAGCAGAAGCUGCGCAAUAUCUGCACAGUACACCAAGUCCUUCUCUUCCGAGAAAAAACGGAGGUACUCUUGAUGCCUGUUGCGGAAGAAGCUGAGGCGAGUACUGUCAGAGAGGAGGUUUUUUUUCUUCAAUCUGGAUGCCAACAGUUCGGCAGAGUCCUUUGACAAGCUGAGGUCGCGAAGUAGAUCAUUCAACUCCUUUUGGGAAAAUGGAUGUGGAACAUCAUCUUCAAGAACCACUUCUUCUUCUUCUUCUUCAUGUCCUUCAACACUGGAGGCAUCUUCGUCACUAAUGUCAGGAAGUUCUCUGAAGAUAGGCACUGGAAUUUCAUCACAAUGAGCUACAGGACAACGUGCUGAUUGAAGAUCAGGAUACUUGAGGCUGCUCCGGUUCUUUCUGUUGAUUCCAGUCACAUCAACAGCGCACCAAUUUAUGGAAGAUUUCGAGGUUUUAUGACUUCAAACUGAUCCCUUUUCGACAUAAUCACCCAGAACUAUCGGACCUGAAUACUUCUUGUCAUUAAAAUAAUCAUUUCCAAUCAAAACAAUUAUUCGACAUGGCAUUUUACCCCCACCAACUUCUAAAAUGCUCCACACAAGCGUACAUGUGAACAAAAACGUAAAAAAAUGACAUGUGGUCAUAGCUCAAAAACUUGACCUGAUUGAGCAAAACCAAUGUGAUUUUUGGAUUCAGCGCAUCAGAUUUGUCCUAAAUCAACUGAAAAAACACAGACAACAAAUUUGUUGUUGACCAGUGUUAUUUAUACCCCGCAAAUCUGGCUGGGUUUUCCCAGCCACUCUGGGGGGCUUCCAACAGAAUAUUAAAAUACAAUAGUCAAUUAAACAUUAAAAGCUUCCCUACUCCAUCCUCACCUCCCUGAUAACAUCUCUUCUCCCAGGUACAGAUCCUGCGGCUGCUAAGGAUUCUGGGAAAGGACAACGAAGACGCCAGCGACGCCAUGAACGAUUCCUUGGCUCAGGUGAGCCCAGCGGUUGUUGCUGGCGCUGGAAAGAGUGCCCUGGGCGAGGGAAAGGAGACAUUUACAGGCCUCUGGAGAACAGAGUUCGCUUCACCAUGAACAAAACCGGGGGUCCAUUUAGCCUCCACGUUUCGAUUAAAACUUUGCUAGGCCUGGUCUAGAUUGUAUGACCUAGAACCCUUUGUUAGCAAGAGCUGUACCAUUUGGGGGGGGUGUGGCUGCCGUCAGUGAAGAGGAAGGAAGAGACCAAGGUGAAGGCCUGCGGGGGGAGAGCGGGGUGGGGGGAACGUCCCACGCCAAAAGCCAGCAAGGCUGCCAACCCCUCCGCUUCUUCCCAGGUGGCCACCAACACGGAGACAACACGGAACGUGGGCAACGCCAUCUUGUACGAGACGGUGCUGACCAUCAUGGGCAUCCGCUCAACCAGCGGCCUGAGGGUAUGGCGGAUUCAUACGGGCCAGGUGGACUGGGCUGAUCCUGCACCUUGCUCGGCUCCUCUUGCGUUCAGAUCUUUUGGGAGGGUGUUGGUUUUUUGGGUGCAAAUGGAAUAUUCUGGGCACCUCCCGGUGCGAUGAUAGCGCUUCCGUUUCUAGACCCCCACAUACGAUCAAAACUGUCUUGUGUUCCCCUAGGGGGUGGGGAACUUCAGGCCCCUGAUAUCAAAGCGGCCCUCCAGACCUCUCUGUUUGGCCCCAGAAGUCCUCUCCUCAAGCCACACCAUCCUCAGGUAGUUCUGCCUGGUGGGAGAACCACAAUGAUAACUUUCGCUUGCCUGGAAAGAGGAUGGAGAGGUCUUUGGGGUCUGUGCGCCUGUUUCCAUAAACCUUUGAGAUUUGUGUGGCUGGGUGCAACCUGUACAAGGGAAGACCUGUAUCUGUUGUUCUAGCCACUUCCCCCCCCCCUUGCUGCCUCUGGUCUGCGGCCCCUGAAAGGUUGCUUUUGAGGGAGUGCGGCCCCCAGGCCCCAAAAUCUUCUACAUCCAGCUGUCCCAAGCUAGAAUCUGCUUGUUCUGAAGCUUUUCCGUUCUUCCUCUGCCCCCUCAGCUCUUGCAAAUGGUACAUUUGGGGAAUUAAGGACACUUCUCUUUUCCACACCCAGGUUCUCGCUAUAAAUAUCCUCGGGCGAUUUCUCCUUAACAAGGACCGGAAUAUCAGGUACAAAACCCCCACGAAACAAACAAAGCACUGGAAUGACCCAGACAGAGCUGUGAGGAAACGCCGUCCCAACAAUCACCUGAAAUUUUCCUGUCGGAAUUUUGAAAAUAUAUUUUGGGGCCGAGUCUCCUUAUAACACGUUUCGCCCUGGCUUCUUUUAAAACGCGGUGCUUGGUUCCUACAGAGGUUUUUAAGCAGAGAUUGGGAGGACAUCUGCCAUGCAGGAUCUAGUCACGAUUCCUGCAUCACGGGGGGUUGGACUAGAUGACCCUUGGAACCCUUUAUGGUUCUUUGAUUCUGCGGCCUGACAUCUUCUUCUCCAGCUUGGGGCCACUGAAAUUCGAGAAGAGGGUAGGAUGUUGGAAGAUGGCGUCUGCAAUCAGGGGCCUCGAGCGAAUUUUUGAACCCUAGUCUCCCGGUUCCUGGUCCAGUGCUCUGGCCCCUGACUCACAUGGGCACACAGCGCAUAGGGCUGUGUUGUCACAACCCUUGACUCGCCUUCCUCACUGCCAUUGCAGAUCCCUUGUUUCCCCUUCAUGAUCUGCCCCCUUCUCCUAAUUCUUUGAGGCCCGUUCUGUAGACGCCGGUCUGGGAAAGGGAGCGUGCCCAGAGACCCUCAGGUUCCCUCAUGAGUCGCUGCCAAUGUCCUCACGGCUGAGGGAAAAUGAGGGACGGAGGCAAUUCCUCAGUUAUCUCCCCCCCCCCAAGACAAGGCAGCCACCCCUUUUCCACGGCGCAUGAGAAGCAGCUGCGCGAUAACUCGGCCUAUUAAAAUGCAUCCUCAGGGGCGCGGCGCUUCUUUUCUUCCCCGGUGAAACAGUGUGUGAAAUUAAUUUGCCACACGCUUAAUUCAGAUUUGCUCGGAUCUCCCGGCCGCCCUGACAGAUGUUGUUUUAGGGCCUCGCCGGCCGCCAUUUUGGCUGCCCAUGUCACAGUCCCCCACUUUCCCCCUUGCCUCCCACCCGGCAGCGUCCCCUUUCCAUCUUGAAGCGAAUCAAGGAGAAACGCUUCCGACUUAUUGGCUGCGGACGGUCUUCUUUGUGCCGCUUCCCUGGUUCGAGGGCCUGGGAGAUCGGGGUUCGAAUUCAUGCUUGGCUAUGAAGCAUUCUAGGUGGCCUUGGGCUCCAGUCGCCCUUCUCUCAGCCUAUCCCACCUCACAGGGUUGUUGUGCGGAUAAAACAGCGAGGUUGAAGGAUAGCCCCAAGCACCUGGAAGGAAACACAGAAAGUACUGUAUUUUUUGCUCCAUAAGGCUCACUUUUUCCCUCCUAAAAAGUAAGGGGAAAUGUGUGUGCGUCUUACGGAGCGAAUGCAGGCUACGCAGCUAUCCCAGAAGCCAGAACAGCAAAAGGGAUUGCUGCUUUCACUGCGCAGCGAUCCCUCUUGCUGUUCUGGCUUCCGAGAUUCAGAAUAUUUUUUUUCUUGUUUUCCUCCUCCAAAAACUAGGUGUGUCUUGUGGUCUGUUGCGUCUUCCAGAGCGAAAAAUACGGUAUUUAUUUUUUUCUUUUCGGGGGAAAUCUUCCCUUUAGAUACGUGGCUCUAACAUCUCUACAGAAAUUGCUGCAAGAAGAGAACAGUGCCGUUCAGAGGCACCGGGCCACAGUCCUUGAAUGCCUGGCCGACCCGGAUCCCACUGUGAAGAGGUGAGACGAGGGGGAAAGACAGGGUCGAGGCUCCGGGAGACGAUGUCUCUGAGUUGGGAGAAUUGCUCGCUUCUCCCUCCUUCCUCAGGCGUGCCCUGCAGCUGAGCCUGGCCCUGGUGAGCGGCAGCAACGUGAGGACAACCACAAAAGAGCUGCUGGUUUUCCUAGAAACCUGCGCCCCGGAGCUGAAGUCGGACUGCGCUUCCGGAAUAUUCCUGGCCGCUGAGAAGUGAGUCGGGUCCAGCCGUUGCCCGUAGGGGGCGUUGUAGAGAAAUCCAGGGCAGGUGUGGGGGGGCACAUGUUGAAUUUUGCAGCUUUUGAAUUCGCUCCUUGAAGGGCGCUCAUGGCAGAGCACAAGACUCUUAAUUUUAGGGUCGUUGGGCAAAAGAUUCCUGCCGCUCUCCAAUUCUGUGACCUAAGACUUGGGAAUUCAAAAGAUGUCUUGGUUAAAUUAAUAUGAUUUAGUUCUCCUUGGUAAGUGAAAUGCGUGUAAAAUUGCACAGAAAUAAUUAAAAAGGAGCGUUUGCACUUAUAUUAUACAGCACAUUAAAAAAAAUAUUAUUGUUCAUUAUUAUUAUUAUUAUUAUUUAGCAUUACCUGACAUUUUCAGAAGGCGAAAUUAAAGUCUUUGGUUUUCUGAGAAAGCAGUUUAUGUGCUUUCUAAUCAAACGUAGAUUCGCCAAGCUGAAUGUUGUCCCAGCACAAAAAUAAUAGCAGAUUUGAAUUCCUCACACCCAAAAACGUAUUUUUAAGACCCUCCCUCCCGAAGAAAUUAAGUCCCACCCCUUAAAAUGACAUGCCCUGACAGCGUGAGGGGCACUUUCAGGUGGAGCGAUAGGUCUAAGACAUUCCUGCUCUUCUUGUUUUCUUCCCUCACCCACUUCAGGUUUGCGCCCAGCAAGCGUUGGCACAUUGACACCAUCCUCCAGGUUCUGACCAUGGUAAGAUGGAGGGUGGGGUGGGGUCUGGGAUUCUUGGGGAGCAGCGGAAAGCUGCGUGGCUCAAGGAAGGGCCUUCCUCUCGCAAGGGGUUGUGUUUGAAGAAGCUUCUCCAAGACCAUCUGGACUAGAAACUGUUUCUUUUCUUCUGGGAGAGGCGAGAAACAGAAAGCUGACAUUCUCAGGCAACCAAAACACCCCCUACUGUGUCUCUGUGAACAUUUUUCAGGCUUUAAUCUUUAUUUUCCUUUCCCUGUUUCAAGCACCCCAUUGAAACUGCCAUUCUAGGUGCGUUGAAAAAGUGAGUUUCAAGGCCCUCCCCCCUUAAGCAGAAUGCUUCACAUAGAGCCCACCAAUAGCAGCCCAGAUUCCUUAGAGUGCCUUCAGAGCCGAGUCCUUGGGCUUGUGUGGAGGAGGAGGAAUCUGUUGAACUCUUUUAAAGGGAAGGGAGGGCAAAGCAGAGAUGUAUCUCUGAGGAGGAGCGUAGCUCACAUCCCCGGUGCCUCUCCUUACCCUCUGCAGGCUGGCUCCUAUGUACGUGACGACGCGGUGCCCAACCUCAUCCACCUCAUCGGAGGUGCAAAGGAGCUUCACGGCUAUGCAGUUCAACAGCUAUACAAGGCCCUGACCCAAGAUAUCUCUCAGGUGUGGGGUUGGGGAGGGGGGUGAUGGGGGCAGGGGCGGCAGGGCAUAGAGAACCAGAAGAGGAAGAGUGAGGCUAUGUAUCCUGUGCCCACUUACUUGCAAGUGAGUUCCACUCAAUGUUUUUUAUUAACUGAACAGAAUUUCUAUAAUGCUUAGCAUCAAAACCUCUAAGCUAUUCUUCCUAUACACAUAGAAAUGUAAGGCUGUCGUCACGCUGCUCUCGCUCCUCGCUGGCUCAAGUGGGACUAAUUUAGCCAGCCAGCCCUGGUGAUCAUCUAAUGUUUAUUGGAUGGAUUUUCCCCCUAAAUUGAUUUUUGAUUUUAUUGUUAUUUACGCUUUAUACCGUAUUUUAUGCUGGGUUUUUUGUAGCAUCAAUUAAGUGUUUUAAAUUUGUUGUUAGCCGCCCUGAGCCCUCCCUGGCCAAAACCGGGCUCAGAGCGGCUAACAUCAAAUGUAUAGCACAUUAACUUAAAAUCAGACAAUCAAUUAAAAUACAUCCGAAAAUCAGAUCAGGAGCAGAAUAAAAUCCCAAACUAGCCUCCCUGGAGCGAGUUUCCACCUCUCGGCCUUAACCUACCUCACAGGGUGGUUGUGAGCAGGCCAUGGGAUAACCCCUAGUCCCUUAGGCACACCGCCCCGAACCCCUUGCGAAUAAACAUGGAAUGAAAGACAUUGUGGUGCUACAACUCCCAUCAGUCCCACUGGGCCUAAAACGGGGGCUGAUGGGAGUUGUAGUCCAGCGAUACCCAGGCGGCGCCCGGUUGGCAAAAGCUUAAAUACAUAACACUGCAAAGCCCUCCCUCUCUCUUUUUCUCUUCCAGCAACCCUUGGUCCAGGUGGCUACCUGGUGCAUUGGUGAAUACGGCAACCUCUUAUUGGACGGCAGCUGUGAAGAGGUGGAGCCCACACAGGUGAGGAGUCAGAAACUGAGGGUGGGCAUUUUGUGGGAGACAUCAAACGGGGCAAGUUUGCUCACACCCCCUGGGGAAAAAACACCCCACUUCGUUAUGGCUUUUCCUCCUCCUCCUUUCUCCCCCUUCUCCCCCGCUGCGGCAGGCGGACCCAGAGGAAAUGGUCUCCAUGUUGGAGCGAGUGUUGCAGUCGCACCUCUCGCUGCCAGGCACCAGGGCCUACGCCCUCACCGCCCUCAUGAAGCUCGGGACCCGACUCCAGGGCAGCGACAUCAAGUGAGCUCACAGCCGACAUCCCCACCCUCGCAGGUUCACCACGCGGACGCACCCCGAUUCCCCCGUGAUACCCUGGGAGUUGUAGUUUGAGCUGCAACUCCCAGCACCCUUAGCAAACAAAGGUUCCCAGGAUUCUCUGGUGGUUCAGAGUUGUGUACUUGGUUUAGGCUCGCAGCCUCAAUGCCCCCUCUUCCUAAUCCAGGGCAGACGUUAUAAUAAUAAUUAGAAAAGGCAUUUCCUGUUUGAAAUCGGACUGCUGUGACAUGCAUUUGUGCAUAAUACGCUGUUUGGGCUCAUGGGGCCAAGAACCCAACAGAUCCUCUGCCCUUUUAAAAUGUGGUUCUUUUUUUUGGGGGGGGGGAGGUGUUAUUGGGUUCUUAUUAGAUGAUAUAUACUGUGGUUUUUAAGUUGAUCUUUUCUGUGAACCGCCCUGAGACCUCCGGGUAUAGGGUGAUAUAUAAAUUCUAAUAAUAAUAAUAAUAAUAAUAAUAAAAUAAUAAAAAUAAAAAAUAAUAAUUUAUUAUUUAUACCCCACCCAUCUGGCUGGGUUUCCCCAGCCACUCUGGGCGGCUUCCAACAAAAUAUUAAAAUACAAUAGUCUAUUAAACAUUAAAACGUUGGUGAUCUUUGGGAACCGACGGAAUUCAAAUGCCAAGGAGAUUCUGACUUAAAACAUAAGGAUGAGCCUUCUGACGGCAAGAGCUGUUUGACAGGGGAAAGGACUCCCCCAGAAGGCAGUGGGCUCUCCUUCAUUGCAGGUUUUGGAAACAGAGGUGGGCCAUCUGUCAGGGAUUCCGCAAUUUCUGCGUUGCAGGCAGAUUGGGCUAGAUGACCCCUGGGUUCCCUUCCAACUCUACAAUCCUACGACUCUACGACUGGCAGGGUGUAGCCGUGGCAAGCGUUGGACCAUCCUGUGAGGCCUUUUGAAUUGAUUUGCCUCUGUAAUAUUUCCCGCCUCAUUCUGCGUCCUGCUUCUCUGCCCGAAGCAGAGGCUGCUCAUAACCUCUUCCCCUCAAUUCUUUUUUCCUGCCCUGCCCGCCCUGAGAAGUCGGAUCCGGAGCCUGGUUUCCAUUUACUGCAGCUGCCACGACGUGGAGCUCCAGCAGCGGGCGGUCGAGUACAACGCCCUCUUCCGGAAGUACGACCACCUCAGGUACUCCUGGCAAAGACAGGCGCCUGAAACUGCUCUCGUUCUCGGGUGCUCUGCAUAUUCUGACCUUCUUUGUGGGCGCUUCCAUUCACACAACACCCAUUUUUUUAGCUAGCUUCCCCAUUUCACCCCAUCCAAGUUUGAGCGCUGAAAACUUUGCUCCGAAUGGCCUUCCGCCUUGACAGUCUUUGCAAACAUUCUUUGUGGGUGCUCACAGGAAGCCUUCAGCGGCUAAACCUCCACAGAGGAAGACCAGUACCAAAAUCUGGUUUGGAAACCUUUAUUCCUGACACGCAGGUCAUAGGAUGGGUGAGGAGGGUUGAGGGCGGAAACAGCCGUCCCAAAUCACCGGCAGAUAAAAUCUCUCUCCUACCCUGCUUCCCCGCUCUCUUGCCAAGUAAAGGUAAAGGGACCCCUGACCAUUAGGUCCAGUCGCGGACGACUCUGGGGUUGCAGCGCUCAUCUCGCUUUAUUGGCCGAGGGAGCCGGCGUACAGCUUCCGGGUCAUGUGGCCAGCAGGACUAAGCCGCUUCUGGCGAACCAGAGCAGCGCACGGAAACGCCGUUUACCUUCCCGCCGGAGCGGUACCUAUUUACUUGCACUUCAUGCUUUCGAACUGCUAGGUUGGUAGGAGCAGGGACCGAGCAACGGGAGCUCACCCCGUCAUGGGGAUUCGAACCAUCGACCUUCUGAUCGGCAAGCCCAAGAGGCUCAGUGCUUUAACCCACAGCGCCACCCGCGUCCCAUCUCUUGCCAAAUAAAUCCCCACAAAAGGCCCGUAUCUCUCAAUUUUUUUUCUUUCUCCCUGCCAGAGCAUCCGUCCUGGAGAAGAUGCCCUUAGUCGACAAAAGUGGCUACACCGAGGAAGGAAGUGAAAAAGAGCAGAAUGGAAGAGAGGCCGCUGAUGCCCCUCGAAUCCUGGAGGUGGCGCCAGCGCCCAGCGACGUCCAGCAACAGGAUUCUGGCCAGGUGGGGAGUUACUUUGGCAAACGGUUGGCACCAGGGGGCACUUGGGAGCAGGGCAAACCCCGAACUUAAGGGCAAGGUGACAUUUUGGAGCAGGGAGCAAGCAGCGCGUAAUCCAGGAUUACCAAUUCCAAAUAAGGAUUUGGUUUUCAGAGCUGGCCAAUCUGCGCUUCCCCCUAGACUGGCAGCACCACAGCAGAACCCAAACAUAAGGCCACUGAAUGCUGGAUUUGGAAGAGCCCAGCUGUUAAUUUGGCCCACCUCCUUUGAUAAACCGGAAUCCUGUAUCAUCGCAGCUCUUUCCUUACACAAAUCAGUUCGGCGGACAGAGAGCUUGUUGCUGCGCCACAGAAAGGCUGAACUGAACUGGAACCGAACCGGGUUGGUGGGGGUGAAACCUGAACUCAAGCCUUGAUUUUUAAAGGAGGCGUUUCGAAAGUGCAGCCUGUGAACCACCUGUGGCUCGUGAGCUUUAACCAUGCAGUCCGUGGCAGAAAUUUUAAAUAUUGGUUUUAUCAUUUAUAUGCCUCCCAGCCCUGGCUUGCUUCCACAUCUAGCACAGAACAUAAAAAUGGCUAAACCACUGGCUGAAAAACCACUAAGUGACCCACAAAGACUUUCAGCAAUUUUAAAGUGGUCUGAACACCCACAGCCCUAUUUUAAUGUGCACCCCACCCCCCGGCAGUGGCUGUGCUGUUUCUGUUGCCUCUCCUUUCCCAGAUUAUCACUGCAUGCCUUUGCCAGAGCUCUCCGCACUGGUGCCCUGCGAUGGGAAUCUCCCCAACCUCGCCAUCCCCUCUUCAACACUCCCUUGCUUCCCCUGUAGGUCUCUGAUCUUUUGGAUCUCCUUGGAGGCCCCGCAGAUCCCCCUCCAGCCCAGCCCAGCACUGGCACCCCGGCAGUGGAAUCCUUCCUCGAUUUCCUUGGCGAUCUGAAAGCCCCAGGUAUGUUGACCUAAAAGCUCUUUGCUAGUGGGGAGGGAGCUGCUUGCUUUUUGCGGCUCGAUUCUUGACAAGACCCUUUCAGGCGAGUCUGCAAAGGACAACUCCCCACCCCCCCCCCAUAUUCUUUCAUUCCAUCACUGCCCUCUGGGGGUUUUCCAGACAGAUGAAAUAAAGUAAAGAGAGCUUAUUUCUCCACCUCACAUGGGCAUUUCUGAGCAAAAGCACUGCCCCCCUUUAACAACAGCUGUAGCGCUCUUGUUGAGUUUUAACAAUGAGCACUAAAAUAUACCUGUAUACCUGAAGGAGCGUCUCCACCCCCAUCGUUCUGCCUAGACACUGAGGUCCAGCUCCGAGGGCCUUCUGGCGGUCCCCUCCCUGCAAGAAGUGGGCUUGCAGGGAACCAGGCAGAGGGCCUUCUCGGUGGUGGUGCCCGCCCUGUGCAACGCCCUCCCAUCAGAUGUCAAGGAAAUAAGCAGCUACCUGACUUUUAGAAGACCUCUGAAGGCAGCCCUGUUUAGGGAAGCUUUUAAUGUUUGAUGUUUUAUCCUGUUUUAAUUUUCUGUUGGGAGCUGCCCAGAGUGGCUGGGGAAACCCAGUCAGGUGGGCAGGGAAUAAGAAAUAAUAAUAAUUAAUAUUAUUAGGGCUUUUUUCAGCUGGAACUCAGUUCCGGCAUUUCCAGGUGGGCAUCAUUGCCAUUCUAAGAGAAUGAGGGAGGUGUUUGUGGUGAGUUUGACUCCUUUUUUCCUAGAAAAAUAGCACUUAUUAUUAUUACUAUUAUUACUAUUAUUAUUAUUGAAAGCUGCUCUGUUUUGAGUAAUGCAACAAAGGGAAAGCUGCAGGGUCCAAUGAAACCCCUUCUAUGAAUGGCACUCACAGCAUUUCCAGAGAAAAACACAGAAGAGACCAGACUGCUCCCUGCUUAGCCAUGUGGCCACAUAUUAUUGUGAAGGGCCAAAAGAGGCCUCUUCCUAAAGGGCGACCCAAAAGCCACCGCCUCUGAGCUGGAAGGUCACAGUGCCAGUCCUGUGUACGCUGCCAGGGGUUACUCAGGCGAGGGCAAGGCCCUUUGCACAUGCUCAGGUGUGCCCUGGCUUGGCAUGGCUCUGGGGACUUUCUGUACCUCACAGGGUGGUGGCCGGAGGGGAACUAGACUUAGCUGGCCGCCCUUCCCUCCCUGCAGCCUCCGCCAUCGCCCGCAUGGUUGCGUACGAACAAGACGGCCUGCUGGUUGAAUUUUCCAUGGACCGGCCGCCGCUGGAGCCCACGUUGCUGCUCAUCACGGCCACCGUCUCCAACAGGACCCCCCACGACGUGGCCGGGUUUUGUCUGCAAGUGGCCGUCCCCAAGGUGAGGCCCCGGGUGGCUUUAGAAGAGGGUUGGGAGAGGACACAGAGGCGGCCACGAGCCACAGCGGCCGCGAUGCUUCUGAAUGUGAGUUGCUGGGAAUCACAACUGAGGAGGACCGCUGCGGCCGUGGGGUCUUGCUUGUGGGCUUCCUCAGUGGGGCUGGGCUAGAUGGGGACCCCCUUUGGCCUCACCCAGCAGCCAAGAAAAAUCUGCUGGUGUUCUUAAGAAGGAGGAGCAGCCUCCUUUAUGCUCCUCCCAGUGCCAGAGGUCGCCCAGCGAAGGGUUUCUGGGCAGGCAAAAGGAAGCACCGUAUUUUUCGCUCUAUAAGACGCACCAGACCAUAAGACGCACCUAGUUUUUGGAGGAGGAAAACAGGGAAAAAAAUAUUCUGAAUCUCAGAAGCCAGAACAACAAGAGGGAUCGCUGCGCAGCAAAAGCAGCAACCCCUCUUACUGUUCUGGCUUCUGGGAUAGCUGCGCAGCCUGCAUUCGCUCCAUAAGACACCCACACAUUUCCCCUUGCUUUUUAGGAGGGAAAAAGUGAGUGUUAUAGAGCAAAAAAUACGGUAAUUCUUUACACGAACUAUGGAACUCACUGCCACUGGAGGCAGUGAUGGCCAACUUGGAAGAGGAUUUAAAAGAGGAUCAGACAAAGGGAUAAUGCUGUCAUCCAUAAUGUUUUAAAUUGCAAAUGAAAUCCUUUUGCACGGCAGGGAGGGGAGAAAGCAGGAAGGGGAACGGCCCUGGAUUUUGCAGGGGUCAAAAACUUUUUCCUUUUUUUUUUAAAAUGAUACACAUUGUUUGGACUUUCGCCUGCUCCUCUUCUGACAGUCCUUCCAAGUGGAGCUGCUGGCACCGAGUGGCUCUACAGUCCCAGGCCAGGGUGGGCCCCCCAUCACCCAGCUCAUCCGAGUAUUGAACCCCAAAAAGGUAAGCAGAGUGAGAGGAGGGAUAUACGUGCGGCCAGGGAGUGGGAAUUAACCUGUGAUCUGAGCAGCGAUGUCAUUUCCUGCCUGGCCAUCACUUAAAGCGAGGUGGUGACAUCACUUCCCCUACUCCUGUAAAGCGACAUGAAGACUCUAUUGCUUAAGCUUCCUGCGGGCCACUUCUGUCGGCAGCAUCAGAAGGAUGUUUCCCGCUGAAAACAGGAAGUGGCACCGUCACGCUCCCACAUCACAAAGACAGCGGUGAUGUCACUUCCUCCUCUGCCCUCGCUGGUUGACUUCACCUUGGUUAGCUUAACAGGCACCAGGGUGAUGUCACUUCCUGUUCCUUCAAGGAGGGUAUUCUCCAGCAGUCUCAGCCGCCCGAAUUCACUCUCUUUCCCCAUUUAACACAACACACGUCGCCCUCGCUCUUCCAGCUACACUAAGGACUAGCGUCUUAGGUCUCGUAGAAAAGGAAUGAACGCUGGGGUUUCCACAGCAUCGAAUCCAGAGCUUUCUGUUUUGCAGAAUGCAGCUUUUAAUGUUUGCAAGCAGAGAUUAUACACCCAGCGUCAAGUAAGUCUUAUCCCUUUCUGAUUCCAGCUCCCGCUCCGCAUGAGGUUACGACUUGCCUACACUCUGCCCUCUGGAGCGCUGGUGCAACAGAUCAAGGAAAUCAACUCAUUCCCCGAGGCUGCCUGGAAAUGA